AUGGAACACCAAUUCUCUUUCUUUGCAAUCCUUUCCACCUUCUUCCUUUUCAUCUUUAUGUUACUGAGAAUAUGGAAGAAAUCAAAAAUCAGCAACUCAAUUCCAAAUCUUCCACCAGGUCCAUGGAAGUUACCUAUAAUAGGAAGCAUGCACCAUUUAGCUGGCUCUCUUCCACAUCGCCAACUAAGAGACUUGGCCAACAAGUACGGACCUCUUAUGCAUCUUAAGCUUGGUGAGCUUAAUAAUAUCGUCGUUUCUUCGCCUGAAAUGGCUAAAGAAGUGAUGAAAACGCACGAUAUCACGUUCGCUCAAAGGCCUUUUCUCCUUUCUGCAAGUAUUGGAACUUAUAACUGUUCAGACAUAGCUUUUGCACCAUACGGAGAUUAUUGGAGACAGAUGCGAAAAAUUUGCACGCUCGAGCUACUGACUGCAAAACGCGUGCACUCGUUCAGAUCAAUAAGGGAAGAAGAAGUGUCAAAACUUAUGAGAUCCUUGUCUUCAGGUGCAGCAGGAUCGCCAGUCAACUUUAGCAAGAUGUUCAAUGCUGUGACGUAUAGCAUUAUUUCAAGAGCAGCGUUUGGCAAGAUAUGGAAGGGAGAAGAAAUUUUCAUACCAAUUGCAAAGCAACUAAUAGAAGCAGCUGGAGGUUUUACUCUUGCUGAUGUGUAUCCUUCCAUCAAAUUGCUUCACUGGAUAAGCGGGAUGGUGCCUAAGAUUAAGAGAAUUCAUAAUAAAGCGGAUAACAUAUACCAAAACAUCAUUGAUGAUCACAGAACUAAAAGGGCAGAAGCAAAAUCAGAUGCUUACGAUGAAGAAGAUUUUGUAGAUGUCCUUCUUAAUUGUCAGGAGAAGGGAGACCUUGAUAUCCCUAUAACAGACGACAAUAUUAAAGGAGUCCUUGUGGACACUUUCAUUGCUGGUAGUGAGACAUCAUCUACCACAGUAGAAUGGGCAAUGUCUGAGCUGCUGAAAAAUCCAAAAAUGAUGGAAAAAGCACAAGAAGAGGUUAGGAGGGUCUUUGCAACUGAGGGAACUGUUAAUGAAGAACGACUCCACGAACUCAACUUUUUAAAGUUGGUCGUCAAGGAAACUCUACGGUUACACGCUCCUGUCCCAUUAUUACUUCCAAGAGAAUGCAGAGAGAGUUGUGUGAUUAACGGUUAUGGCAUUCCAGUUAAAUCCAGGGUAAUUGUAAAUGUGUGGGCCAUUGGAAGGGAUCCCAAUUACUGGCCGGAAGCUGAAAAAUUCAAUCCAGAGAGAUUCUGUGAUUGCUCCCUUGAUUAUAAAGGGACAGAUUUUGAAUUUCUCCCAUUUGGAGCGGGAAGAAGGAUCUGUCCAGGAUUAUUGUUCGGCAUAGCUAAUGUGGAGUUUCCACUUGCACAGCUGCUAUACCAUUUUGAUUGGGAACUUCCUUCUCAAAUGAAACCAGAAGCUCUCGACAUGGAUGAAGAGUUUGGUGCUGUAGUGAAGAGGAAAAACGAUCUCUGCCUAAUUCCUAAGCCAUACAUUCCUACACUUGCUAAGUAAGAUCUCAAGGUAAUGAGUAAGUUGGAGUUUUAUAUAUUUGGUCAACUGCUAUGGCCACAUCUGAAUAAUUGUCUAUGUUCAUUUAUGUAAAUGUGGCAUUGACCUACCUGUCUAAAUAGUAAUGAGCUUUUAAGUCUGUUCUGCUACAUUGGGUUCUUAAAUUCCUGUUCUGUUUCAGUGAACAGAGUUACUUACUUCUAGGUAAAAGAAUGUUUGUCAAUUUGCAAUGGUAUUUUAGUUUCAUUUUGUUUCUUAAA